GUUGCUGGUUCCGCUUUGAAACGAAUCACUCUCUCUCUCUCUCUCCCCCUUUGCAAGGAGACUUCUUCCUCUGAUUUUCUUUUUUUUGGUAGAGAAGCGAGAAAAAAAGAUGGCGUCGAAGCUCGUGAAAGCCCUAAUCCGAUCGCAGAUUCUUCCAUCGACGAGGAGGCACUUCAGUGCACCGGUUACCACCCAGCUCGGCGAGCCAACAGACGAUCUAGUCGGAAACCACACCAAAAAAUGGAUGCAGGAUUUAAGCAAGAAGUCACCAAUGGAACUGAUCAACGAGGUCCCACCUAUCAAAGUCAAAGGAAGGACUGCUGCUUGUGAAGGAGACACCAAUCCAGCACUAGGUCAUCCAAUUGAGUUCAUUUGCCUCGACCUACACGAGCCUGCCGUCUGCAAGUACUGUGGCCUUCGCUAUGUUCAAGAUCAUCAUCACUAAGAGCAACAUUCUGAAAAUCAAGAAAAAUCCCCAGUCUCUAUUUCUUCUCCUUUUUAUUGCAUUGUCAAGUUUGUGUGAUGCUCCGACAUCUUCAGAUAUUCAUAUCUAAUAAAGGAUUCGAUCAAUCUUUGAUUA